UUGGUAAUUAAAGUCGCGCCAGAAUAUGGCACAGAAACGACCGCGAAUCUCUGUGGGUGUGAUGGCAGUUUGUUGCGGUGUACUGUCCUUAUCCGUAGUGGCCCGUGAAUCUGCGUCCCACAAUGAACCCGGAGUAAGCUCGCGAAAGUAUGUCGCUGUGCAUCAUCAUUCGGUGCAGCCGGGAACAUUCGCGUCACCGGUGGAUGCACCGGACACGCUAGGUAUGGCAGUGACAACACCACUCACGCCCGAUCCGAAAGCAACGAUCGAAAACGAACGACAUCGAAAGACGAGAGAAACAAAUAAACUUCCCCGGCCAGCUACAACCAGUGAUGAGUCCUUCAGCACCAGCCCAACGGCCAACCAAAUAAGACGCCGUCGCAUGGAACCCAAAAUUCGUGGCCUUCCUUCGCCGCUCGUAUUCAUGCCAGCCCGUGGUCGUCGCUUUGGUGGGUUCGAAAUUCCGGCAGAAAAACGUCAAAUCACUAUCGAGCAGAUGCUCGAGAAGGGCGACUACUUCGUUCCCAACCGUGGCAAAAAAGCACCGACGACGGGCGAACUGAUCAAAAAGGGCAAGUUUGACGUACUGCUUGGAGGAGCUCCCGAUGAGUACUUCUUUCCGAACCGGGGCAAAAAGCAGUACUGGCUAUCGUACGAUCGUACGGGCGGCAAUGUAAGGCCGCUCGUUGCCCGUGGCGCUGCGACAUUCGACGGCCAGCUCAAAAGUUUCACCGCACCGCAACAGCUUCAAAAGCCCAUAGCGAAUCGUUUGCGGAGAAAUUUGCUAGAAAAUCUUGCCAACGAGCACAAGGACACGUUCUUUUCAUCGCGCGGCAAAAGAUUUUUACCCUUCGAGGAAGAAUUGAUGCUAGUUCCAUCGAACGCUCUGGACGAGCAGCUACAGAGCGACAGUGCACAGGAAGGAUUGUCAGACGAAAGGACGCAGGAAUUCUCCGGUCAGUCGAACGAUCUUGAUGCAUUGCUUUGGGAUGAGGACAUGCUACUUUCGCUCGAACAACCCGUAAGCUAA